UUUGCAUAUCAAAAAUUAAAAUUAAAAAGAAAUGACAACAUAUGGAACCAUUCCGACCGAGUUACCACAACAGUCAUUGAGCUUAAUUGUUCAAGCACGAGAAUUUCUCGGAUCAAGCCUCGGCUCACGAAGAAAAUGGGAAGACAUGAUCAAUAUUCGAGCAUUAAACUUACCCCCGAAUGUAAACGAAGCGGUCGGGAGAAUUAGAACAAAUAUCGUGUUUUUCAAGACGAAUUAUGUGAUUGUCGUGCUUUUUCUCCUCCUCCUCACUUUGUUUUUCCACCCAACCUCAUUGGUCAUCAUUGUCGUUAUAAUGAUCGCGUGGUUUUUACAAUACUUUUUACGCGACAACCCUUUAUCGAUUUACGGCUUUGUCGUCGACCGUAACAUGAUCAUAACGGUCUUGACAUUGUUUACCAUCGCCGUGUUUUUCUUGACUGAUGUGAUGAGUAAUAUCAUGAGCGGCAUUACAUUCGGAUUGACGGUCGUUUUGGCACACGGAUUCUUUAGAACUACCGAUGAUUUGUUCGUCGGAGAUGAAAAGGACAUCAAUAAUGCAUCGCAAUGUUAAUGGACUGACCAUUCACCGUGGCCGCCGCUGCUUACGGCAUUGAAGAAUGUUGUUUCCUCUUGAAUGCCUCCAUUGUUGUUGUUUCAAUUUUAUAAUCAUAUACUAUGAAU